UUGUGCAGAGGUUCCGACCAUGACCGAGACCGCAGAAGUGGCUCCACCAGCGGCACCCGCCACCACACCCAAGGCUGCCAAGAAGAAGAAGGCGGCCGUCCGGACAAAGUCAGCCGGUCCCAAACUGGGCGAUCAGAUCGACAAGAUUGUGGCCGAUUGCCGCAGUCAGCGAGGGGUGUCCGUAGCCGCGAUAAAGAAGAGUUUGGCCAGCAGCGGCGUCGAUGUACAAAAGCUGAAAGGUCAGAUCAGGUUGACCAUUAAAAGGAAAGUGGAUAAAGGCACCCUGGUUCACACUAAGGGCGCAGGUGCCUCCGGCUCCUUGAGGGCCGCUAAAAAAGAACAUACCGGGAAAGUCGUGAAAAAAGCGAAGAAACCAGCGGCCAAGAAAUCCGUGGCCAAGAAGGCAGUGACCAAAAAAUCACCCACCAAGACCAAAGGGGUUAAGAAAACUGCGGUUAAAAAAGCGGCAGCUAAGAAAACAGCGACCAAGAAGACCGCGCAGAAGCCCAAGAGUCCGAAGAAAGUCGCAGCCCCCAAGGUGGCCAAGAAGUCGGCAAAACCCAAGCCGAAGGCAAAAUCUGUGAAAGCCAAGAAGACAGCAGCCAAAAAGCUGUAAUCGCACUGCUGAAGGAGAAUGGCUCGGACCAAGCAAACAGCGCGUAAAUCGACCGGUGGCAAAGCUCCCCGCAAACAACUGGCGACCAAAGCGGCGCGC